AUGACGCUGCUGGACACGGAGCAGUCCUACGUGGAGUCCUUGCGCACCUUGAUGCAGAGGGACGACCCCAAGCCGGACCCCCAACUGCGGGUGCUCUACCAGCACCGCUGCGGGGGUUACAUGAAGCCGCUGAAGCAGCCGGAGAACUCGCUGCUGUGCGACCCGUCGCUGGUGGACGAGAUCUUCGACCAGAUCCCCGAGCUGCUGGAACACCACGAGCAGUUCCUGGAGCAGAUCCACGACUGCGUGCAGAACUGGCACGAGAAGCAGAAAGUGGGCGACCUCCUCGUGCAGUCGUUCUCCAAGGACGUGCUGGUGAACAUCUACUCUGCCUACAUCGAUAACUUUCUCAACGCCAAGGAUGCCGUCAGGAUCGCCAAGGAAGCCCGGCCGGCGUUCAUGAAGUUCCUGGAGCAAAGCAUGCGGGAGAACAAGGAGAAGCAGGCUCUGUCCGACCUGAUGAUCAAGCCGGUGCAGAGGAUCCCGCGAUACGAGCUGCUGGUGAAGGUGGGUGCGGGCAGCCGGGUGCAGGCAGGGGGAUCGGUGCCACGCCGGCAGCGGGACCUGCUGAAGCACACGCCAGAGGACCACCCCGACCACCCUUUCCUCAUCGAUGCCCAGCGCAACAUCAAGCAAGUGGCUGAGAGGAUCAACAAGGGCAUGAAGAGUGCAGAGGAGGUGGAGAGGAAUGCCCGGAUCGUGCAGGAGAUCGAGUCCCACAUCGAAGGGAUGGAGGACCUCCAGGCCCCGCUCCGCAGGUUCCUGCGCCAGGAGAUGGUCGUGGAAGUGAAGGCAGUGGGUGGGAAGAAGGAUCGCUCCUUCUUCCUCUUCACGGACCUGCUGGUGUGCACAACGUUGAAGCGCAAGUCGGGCUCCCUCCGCCGCAGCUCCAUGAGCCUGUACACAGCGGCCAGCGUGAUCGACCCCGCCAGCAAGUACAAACUGCUCUGGAAGCUGCCGCUGGAGGAUGUGGAUAUCGUCAAAGGUGCCUCGCAAGCCACCAACCGGGAGAGCAUCCAGAAAAGCAUCUGCCGCCUGGAUGAAGACCUCAGCACUUUGGGGCAAGUCAGCAAGCUGUCAGAGACCCUCAGCUUCCCCCACCAGAGCCUGGACGAUGUGAUCAAGGACCUGAUGGCUGCCAUCCACCGAGAGCUGGCGGAGAAGCAAUCCCUGUCCUUCAGCAUGGCCUUUCCCCCCAACAAGGUGGAGCUCAGCACCACCAAAGCCGAUGGCACCGAGUCCUUCAUCUUUGAGUUCCCCAACCCCGACGCCCGGCUCAGCUUUGAGCAAGCCUUUGAGGAUGCCAAGAAGAAGCUGGCUUCCAGCAAAAACUGCCUAGACCCGGAGUUCCUCAAGGCCAUCCCCAUCAUGAAGACACGGAGCGGGAUGCAGUUUUCUUGUGCUUCUCCCAGCCACGGCAGCCCGGAAAGCUCCCACGAGGUUUGGGUUUGCAACAGCGACGGUUACGUGGGGCAGGUUUGUUUGCUCAGCAUCCGUAAGGAGCCCACGUCCGUCGGCUCCGCCGGGAUCCUCUGCAUCGCCUCCGUGCCUGGUCUCAAGCGGGCGUAUAG